AUGGUUGGUAGUGUUCAUUGGAGCAUAGUUCUAAUUGGAGGAUUAUUUCUUGUCUCCGUGCAGGGGGCAAAGGAAACGAGGAAGAGAAUCACGUAUUUCAGCACGGAACACCCUCGAAUAGUGUAUUACGAUACUAAAUAUGCAGACUAUAGCAACGUUACAGCCCGACGUCACAGUCGAAAGGAUCCCUUCUACUAUGUCGACUUUCAUAUAAACCUUCUUGUGCCGUAUGGUAACAAUGUUACUGUAAGCUUUUAUUUUUACGAGUUGCUCACUAACGUCUACAAACGCGGCUUCAUUGAAAUGCACAUGGGUGUGUGUGAUCUAGUUCUAAAUGACAAAUUCUUCGGCGGUGCUAUGAGAAGAAAUUUCAAUAACGCGCAAAUCCACUGUCCUUUUCCAAAGGGUGAAUAUCACUACUACAACAUGACAAUACCAAUAGAACAAGUCCCGAGGGGAUUCCCGUUUACAAGAGGCCGUAUUUAUUGCAAUGUAUCAAUUACUAACACGGACAAAGUAAUUGGAAGUGGAUAUAUUGAUUUAGAAUUAAAAACGGCGUGGGUAUCAUAUUGA